AUAUAACCUUUUUUAGCUGAAAGACGGACAGUGGUUUAUAUGAUAUCUGAAAAGUGUUUGAUCUGUCGGAACCCAGAAGAGAGGAAAUUAAAUUUUCUGAUUUUGAGUCUUUUUUGAGUUCAGUGAUGGAUGGUAAAGAAGAUGAAGCUAGCGAAGCAGAACACGGCAGCUCUCUCCAUUCUCCACCUCAAAGGGAUGGAGGCUCUGCUGAGAUUCCAGAGGAAGAGCUAUCAGGAGGCAGAGACCUUGAAGAUACUGGAGAUGAUCUAUUAAGUUAUAACACAUCCUUAACAUCAAGCCCUGUUGCUGCCAAAAGAGUCAACUUCUCUACAUUGUCCAGCCCUAGAAUCAGUGCAGCAUCCCUCAGCCCUUCUUCCUCUUCAAGAAACUUUACUAAUAAUAACAGCCUCAAGAAUAUGAUCCCAAAGCCAAACUCCAAAAACAAAAUCAAUGAAGUCGAUAUCGAGAAAGCUGCCGGUUUGGCCUUGGCUUCCUCAGGCAGAGACAGGUCGUCGUCAACAUGGACCCUCUCUAAUAUUUUUACUCCAAGGACAAGGAAGAACAAAACUGAGUCCUUGCCUAUAACACCUAUUGUUCACUCCAAUCCUGGGUCCACGCACGGGAGAUAUGUGGUUGAUCCCGUUACUUCCAUUAAGAAGGGGCCUCCACUUCCUUUUCACCGAUCACGCUCUGUUCCAGCAUUCAACAAAGAUGGAAGUCUUAGGCAAUCAUGUGUUUUCCGAGUGAUUCCUACUCCAAACAUGUCGCCAACCAGAAGUCUUUAUAAACACACGAGUGUUGUUGAUGGAGGAGAAGAUGUUCCCGAGGAAGAAGCGGUGUGCAGAAUUUGCCUCGUCGAAUUGGGGGAAGAUUCAGAAGCCUUCAAGAUGGAGUGUAUGUGUAGAGGCGAACUAGCUCUCGCACACAAAGAAUGUACGAUCAAAUGGUUCACCAUUAAAGGAAACCGAACAUGUGAUGUGUGCAAGCAAGAGGUUCAGAACCUCCCUGUGACCCUCCUCCGCAUGCAGGAUUCUCAGGGUGAAGCUGCAGAGGCUUCUCACUACAGUGUAUGGCAGGAUGUUCCAGUUCUUGUCAUUGUAAGCAUGCUUGCAUACUUCGGUUUCCUCGAGCAGCUUCUGCUUAACAAAAUGAAAUCCAGCGCCAUUGCAAUAUCAUUACCAUUCUCUUGUAUUCUUGGUCUUCUUGCCUCGAUGACUUCAACAACAAUGGUGGAGAAGCAAUAUGUUUGGAUUUACGGCACAGUUCAGUUCGGUUUUAUAGUUUGUUUCUCCCACAUUUUCUUUGAAUUGGUUCACAUGCAGCCGAUUGUGUCAAUUCUCUUAGCCACAUUGGUUGGGUUCGGACUCACCAUGAGUGGCACAACUGGUCUAGUCGAGUUUUUAAAAUGGAGGAGAAGGGAGAGGAGAGCUGAACCUCCAAGCAGUAGUAGUCAGGAGGAUCCACGACCAGUUCAGACAGAUCAGAGCAUCUCUGUAUCAUGAAACUGAAGGCCAAAGAAUGCUCUGAUCAUAUGUUCCAGUUAGCAGUGUAUGGUUUCGAAACCAAACCAUUUCAAAGUCUUGCUUUUUGCACAUGUGGAUGGAGCUCGAUCUAUCUUGAAGAAUAGAUUGAUCAUGUGGAUUUAAGUAAUGAUACCUUGGAAGAGUGUUAUUGUGGUUGGUCUCUUUCUUUUGUGUAUGUAUAAGAAAGUUACUUGUACAAGUAUGCAGCGAUAUACAAUACACAACAAAACAAUAUCGAUGCAGAAUUAUCUGGGGGACAGCUUAUAUCCUAUAACUUAAAGAAUUAGACUUAAGAGAGUGAAGCCAGCGUUAAGGUUUCGUUUCCUCGCUGCAUGUGACACAAAGAUGAGAAGGUUCUACCACCAUAAGUAUCGCGACGUGUCUCAAAUCUUCUGGCUGGCUAACGUCUGAAAGCGUACGAAUUUGAGUUUUAUCUUUUUUGAAAACGAAUUAAUAGUUUUUUUUUUUAAAUCCAUAGAUGAGUUCAUUAUAUUGGUUUAGUUUAAUACUCAUAUGUUUUAUAAUUGUUUGGUUGGGAUAUUCGUAUGUUAUUCUCUAUAGAUUGUGCUUUCAAGCUUCAA